CUUGCCGUCCUCCUUCGUAGUCAGAUCACUUCAGUAGCCAGUUAAGAUGUCUGCGGCGGGUGCGGGUGUGGGCGGUGGCGGACCGGGACCCGGUUCGGGCGCUGGUUCCGGGGCUUGUAAUCCGCGCAAGUUUAGCGAGAAGAUAGCUCUGCACACUCAGCGACAGGCAGAAGAGACGGCAGCCUUUCAGGAGGUUAUGAUGGACAUCACCUCAACUCGGAUUCAGGCGCAGAAGGUUCGUCUGGCCCAGAUCCAGGGUCAAUAUUACGGAGGGUCUCUUCCCAACGUCAACCAAAUCGGGAGGAACGCCCCGGACCAGGCCCAGUUCCACAACCCUCUGGAGUCCAGUCGCUCCACCCGGCACCACGGCCUUGUGGAGAGGGUCCACCGGGACAGGAGGUUCACCUCCCCUGUCCGUCCCUACAGGAGACAAACCGACAGCUUGCCCUACAGCUCCACCUACCUGUCUCCGCCCCCUGAUCCCAGCUGGAGGAGGAACUGGCCCAGCAACUUCCCCCUGGACAAACACCAACUGGUCCACCUCCCCAUCACUGCUCUCAACAGGACAAAUUCGGACUCUGCCCUCCACACCAGUGUGAUGAACCCUCUCUCCAGGGACACCCUAUCCAUCCACACACUGAACCCCCAUAACAGGCACAGUGGCUUGGCAGAGGGCGAGGGUCGAAAGAUGUUCCCGUACCCGGUCCCACCCAUCGAGGAGAAUGUUCUGGACGAGGGGAAGGUUCUCAAACCCUGGGACACCAAGAAGUUACCAAUUCUGUCAUCACGACCAAAAUCCUGUGAAGUCCCUGGUAUCAAUAUCUUCCCCUCCCCAGACCAGCCCUCCAGCACACCCCACAUCCCAGCGGCGCUGAACGCGGGGGGGUCCCUGCCAGACCUCACCACCCUGCACUUCCCCUCGCCCCUGCCCACCCCCCUGGACCGGGACGAGCCCCCAUACCCCUCCCUCAGUGGGGGCAGCAGCACCGGCAACCUGGCCAGCACCCUUACCCAGCUGGGCAUCACCUCCAGCAACGCCUUUCACCUGCCAGGUCUGUCGGCGUCUCUGCAGGGAACGUACUGUAACUCCCUGCUCCAGUCAUCUCUUAGCAACCCCAAUAUCCAAUCGUCCCUCAGCAGCCACUCCUUCCCCAACUCCCUGAGCUCCACCUCCUUGCACUCGUCGCUUAGCAACCCCUCCCUGCAAUCUCCGCUCAGCUCCUGCCCAUCACUGCAGUCAUCGCUCAGCAACCAAUCGCUGCAGUCCUCCCUCAGUAACUCCUCCCUCAGUGGCCAGUCCCUCCAAUCGGCCGCCAGCAACCCCAGCUUCAGCAGCGGGGCCGGCGGGUCCGGCUCCUGCUCCUCCGCCUCUUACCCCUCGCUCGCCACUGGCCAGGCGCAGCCGUCACUCACCACGUCACCCAGGCGACGGACCCAGCUCAGCCCCCUGGUCUUGCCCAUUGGUGGAGAGACGCGUCGGCACCACCCUAAGCAGUUCUCCCCCACCAUCUCUCCGACACUCUCCUCUAUAACACAGGGGGUUCCCCUGGACACCAGCAAGCCAGCCUAUCCCUACAGUCAGCCCCAGACGGGUCAUCCGCUAUCCCAUCAGUCCAUGCAGCAGUCUGGCCAACAGCAUCAGCACCAGCACUUGCAGCAUCAACAGCAGCAACAACAUCACCAGCAACAGCAACAGCAACAGAUACUACAGCAACAACAUCACACACAUCAGCAACAGAUACAGCAGCAACAGCAACAACAUCACACACAACAGCAACAGAUACAGCAGCAACAGCAACAACAGCAACAACAACAACAGCAACAUCACACACCACAGCAGCAGAUACAGCAGCAGCAGCAACAACAGCAACAACAACAGCAACAUCACACACAACAGCAACAGAUACAGCAACAAAUGCAACAGCAACAGCAACAUCAUACACAACAGCAACAGAUACAGCAACAAAUGCAGCAGCAACAUCACACACAACAGCAACAGAUACAGCAACAAAUGCAACAGCAACAUCACAUGCAACAGCAACAGAUGCAACAGCAACAUCAACAAAUGCAACAGCAACAACAUGACACGCAACAGCAACAGAUACAACAGCAACAGCAUCACACACAACAGCAACAGCAACAAAUGCAACAGCAGCAACACCAGCAGCAGCUGCAGCAUUCUCAGCGCCCGCGGAUGGAUCUGCAGCUGCAGCUGCAGGGCAUGCAGGACCAGACUGCGCAGACGCAGGAGCAGUGCUCGCUGCAGGAGGAACACCAGCAGAGGGCGCUGGCGCCCACGGGCCAGCUGCAGCCAGAUCUGAGCCUGUACAAUGACCCCUCCAUACUCGGCUCCUUCCUGGAUGACCCCUGCCUUGGCCUGCAGCUCACCCCCAGCCAGAGCCACACCCUCUCCCAGCAGCUGGAAAAGUUCGACAUGGAGGCUCGAACGCAGGGUCAGUUCUUCAACCAUGGCCAGGGGUCCGAGAGCUUGGCCAGUUUGGGGAAUGCGGGGUCCUAUUCUGGAGACCGGGAGCCUCAGGGGUCCCAACAUUUGGUGGACCCGCAGCUCCUGAACAAGCAGAACCAGAACCAGAACCUGAACCAGAGCUAUGGCGGCGAUGGCGGCUGCCCCGGUCUUCCCAACAUCAUCCUGACCGGGGACUCCUCGGCUGGUCUGUCCAAGGAGAUCACCAGUGCCCUGUCGGGGAUGCCGGGGUUCGAGGUGGACCCCUUCGGGCUGGACGACCCUCUGCGGAUGGACCCCCUGGCACUGGAGGGACUCAGCAUGCUGGCUGAGGGGGACCUGAUGCUCCCCGACCCGGCCGUGGAGGACUCCUUCCGCUCUGACCGCCUCAACUGACUCUUUAGGAGGGGGGCGGGGCCAGUGGGGAGGGGGGCGGGGCCAGGAGCCGGAGGGGUGGGCCCUGGAGGAAUCCUUCUGCUCAAAUAACUCUUCUGGAGGAGGUGGGGCCUGGGGACGAAGGGGCAGGAUUGAAGUUCUGACCGCCUUGUUUGCUCGGUCAUGGCUACUCCCAGCAUUUUCUGGAGAUUAAACUUCGGGUCGGAGAAAUGGACAGGCACACCAGUCCACCAGCAGGACCAAAACUCCCUGACUAAACUUUUUUUUUUUUGGAUUCACAACACAAAUCUGAAAAGGUCCUGACCUUCUUAACUAAGUUUACAUAAGUGACUUUGAUGUGUGAUUUGCUUAACGUUGGUAAAGCCUUCUUCUGCCGAUGGUAGGCCACAGAGUGAGAGGCCGUUGCUGGCUGUUUGCGGAAUCCUGCACUGAAAAAAGAUCAGCCAAUCAGAGCUCUCGCUGCGAGCCGUGCGAACAGCUAGGUUGGCACUGUGACAUAUGUAUUGUUCUUUGCCUAAACCGUCAGUUUUCUGAAACUGAAACGCACUGAAGCUGUUUUCUGUCCUCAAAAUAGUUCUUGGGGCGGGGGAGGGUCAGGUUACAUGGUCCAGAGUGGGAGGGGCAACCAAGCUCCCUUCUUGUACCAGGAAGUGCUUUCAGCAGUUCAGAUCUGCACUGUUUGAACGACUCGUCUGUUCUGGGAACGAAGCUGCGUUUUUGAAGCUCACUUCCUGGUCUUGUUAAGAGCUGUUGCUCAAGAGCGCCAGUGUGUGGUUGGCUCCAGUAUAGGUGUUUUCAACCACCUGUUUAAAUGGAAAGUCAAUGGUAAUAAUGCAAUCAUUUUUUUCCACAAGAAAAAGUAGUUGCAAUAGGUGUUUUUUCUUUGUAUAAUGUCUCCCCAUAAACCGAACAAUAUAUUUGGACAAUAUUGUUGUAUUUUGGGGACGAAUCAGGAACAGUUGCCUAGUCACUGUAUCUCUCGUGCUUAGUGAACGACUGGACUUCAUGCCCAUGUAAGGAACCCCCCCCCCCCCCAAUUCCCUACUGGGCAGUCUCUGGCUCCAAUAUUUGGCUUCUAUUAAAACCCCUCCUGAGUGCUUUUUCUGGAUAAACUAGUUGCUGUGGCGCCCAAUUGUGGAACUCUCCCUGCUGUGAGAGGUACACUGUUGGUAACAUUUCCUGUGACAGAUCAUCGUCCCCAGAAUACGCCCCUCCCCUUUGUCGCGGCCCAUGUCGCGCUGAUGGUUUUCAUGGUUUCUGGUUUCCCUGGCGGCAAUUCCAGCUGUCUCCCAAUGGGUGCCUGACAAGAAGUGGUCAUCCUUACUGUCGCGUCGAGACCGCUCCCCCCCCCCCCCACCGAUUCCCUCCCUUUAUGUUGUGCGUCUAAUAACCUUCAAGCUAUGCAAGAAGCCUCCCCCAUCUCAGUACCUUUCUGUUUACUUCAAAUUGUGCAUUUAUGAGAAGCUUUUGUACGUUGCAGAAAGAAGGUAAAUGUUAAAGCUGAAAAAAGUAAUUCCCUUACGGAAAUGGAAUACGCUGACAAUAUAUUGAAAUAAAAUCUAUUUUGAAUCUAUCGUUAACAUUUCAUAACGAUUUGUAUGUAAAAGUAUACAAAUGAUUGCCACUUUCAGAUACUGUAAUAUAUUUAUAUAUAUGUUUAAAUGCACUGCCGUAAUAUCAUUGUAAAUUUUUUAAAGAAUAGCAUAUAUUUACAGUAUAUUGCAAUAUGUUCCAUUUCUGUGAGAGUGGGAGAGCAUUUUAGUUUCUGAUGUGUCAUGUCAGGAAACUUUAAUGAACCACAGAAAUGGGAGGGGCAUGGAUGAGUCAUCGAUUUUGAGCGAUUUCAUUGGAUUUCUGUGUUGUAGAGUCUUGUGAUUAGUUCGUGUGAGUCAUUUCGGUUUCCUGGUGCAGGAGCAGGGGUAAUAAACCUGGGAUAGGAUGUCCGUGCUGUCCCUUUUUUCUAGAAACCAUAGAGGAGCUCUCCACCAAUCACAGAGUAUUUAGUUAACAACAAGUAGAACAAACCCAGCAGUGAUUGGUGGAUUCCCUUUGCUCCCUUUACCCCUGAAGGACUCCCAGAAGUGUAGCCAGAAUGUAUCCACCAAUCGCUGCCAAGGUCAUUGUGUUUCUUCUUACUGACGUACUCCAUGAUUUAUGGAGGGCUCUUCUCUGGUUUCUGUGUGAAAAUGGCAACACCAACUUCCUGUUCCUAGGGGAAAUGUCGUAGCCCCACCCUUGGGCUUAAUGAAGAUUUGCUUUCCCACCUCUGCCAGUAGCGACGAGUGGAUUGUUGUCUGUUAGUGACACUGACUUAUCACUGCCAUGGUGGCAUUCUCCCUUCCUCAAUCUUUCCUGCCGAUAGCUAUGUACCCUGCGCCCAGUCACCUUAGUGUAGGUUGUGACACAGGGAUGCUCGAGUCUGCCCAAUGGAGGUCAGUAGUAGUACUGCUGGUUUGCAUUCCUCCCCUCUAAUCAGGGACUGGUUCAGACCUGGGAUGCCGGGUGAGUGGAACCUGGCCAAUCAGUGACCUUAAAUCAAUCAAUCCACCAAUCAGAGAAGCCGGCAGAGUACUCUGUGGCCUUGAGGACAAAAUUUGAGUGUCCCUGACGUAAAAGCAUACUUAUAGUAUAUUUUUAUGCAUCAAAGCAAAAUGUUUUGCUGUAACGAUGAGAAAAAAAAGGUUUUUAUUUUUUAACAAAUUUUUGACAUAUUAUAUUGUUUCAGGUUGAUUUUGUAAUGUAAUAAAGGAAGAAGAGCCUAAUAGCUUUAGGGCAGCCAAGGUUUUGUGACCAAAACCAUCCUCCCUUUUUUUGUGUGUGUUUUUAUUAGUCCGCGUCUUUUAAACAGAGCUGAGGCUGCGUCAGGCUGCGUCUUCGGCCUUGGACGCGUUGUGGCCACGAGCUCUUCGUGACGUUUGUGUGUCUCCUGGCCCUCUUCGAAUCAAAAACACGGCGCGACAAUGUUCUCCGCUCUGCGCUUCGCAGUUAACGGCGAAAUGAGCAAGCGGUACUAGGCUUUCUGCUUACGCGGCGUUAUGUUCGCCUGCCAUAACGGCGCAACGACAGGAAGUCUGUGAUGUCACUGGGUGACAACCUUCCUGUUAACGUGCGUCUCUCACUCUUGCUAUUGAGAUACAAGGCCAUGCAACUUCAAACUGGCACCUCGUGAAUAAAACAAUUUUGUCGAUCUAGUCUGAUGUGAUUGACAGUUGUUAGUUAUCGCUUCUCGCUUAUCGCCGGAGAACAGAUAAAAGCCUGGAAGAAGAGUAAGGAUUUUUACCUAGCCGGUCGUCGGUCAUGUGGGUGCAGAGCUGGACUCUCAGUUUCUGUGGGAAUGUGUCAGAGCCGGUAGAAGGUGCUGGCAAGAUUAGAAAGUGCCGUUUAAUCUUUGUUUUUCUAAUCGGGACUAUUUUCUCGUGGCCCGAGGCCACAGACCUCCAUGUAGAAGCCACAAACCGACGCGGCGUGUUACGCUUUGACCUUUAACCUCUUCACAUUUCCUCAUUCACCAGGAACAAAAAUGAUUUUUUUUUUCCAAAAAAAAAAAAAACGUAGUCUUUCUGCUUUCCUGCUGUUAAGGUGCAGCUUGUAAAUUUGCAGUGAAUCUCAUUUUUACCACAAACGGAAAGCGAGUGUUUAUUUUUUGUCCUAACGAGUCUAGAGUGGAACAAAAACUUAAGUGUUUGCACAUAAAUUUCAGUAGUCUCACUGCAGUAGCAGUUUUUAGUUACUUGUGAAGCUGCUUGAUAGGUUCAUGUCUCUGUGUCACUUAACAACAUUUUUUUUUAUUGUGUCCCAAAACAUUUAACAUGCUGUUUUACAGUUGCAGUGUCAGUUCUGUCCUCUCUGGAUAGGGGGCACUGUUAGUGCACCAUAGAUUUUUAUUCAGACUAGAUAUUGUGUAAAAAGGCCAUAUUUUUAUUGAUUUUUGUUAUUACAUUUGUUGCGAUUAUUAUUACUGUUAUUUUCACUAUUUGUGUUUUACAUGUACUUGUUUGUUUGGUCGCUUUCUUGUAGAGGUAACAACCGAUAUGGAAACUUUUUCCUUGUGUAAAAAAUAUCUUUGUGUGUUGUUUUGUGUUUGUCUAUAUUUUAACUGUACAUGGGAAGAAAAGUCUGUUGUAAAUAAGUCACUAAAGCCAUAGAUGCUUUCUUAAACCUAACAAACAAAAAAAAAAAAAAAAAAAGAUUUUUUUAAAAAGUGAAGGCAGUGCAUAUUCACAUUAUUUUACAGGAAAAAUAAACAAAAUGAAAAAAGGAA